AUGGAAAGUCACAGCGUCUACGACAACGAUGUACACGUGGUGACCAACGUCAUCAAGGGCUUCAUACGAGACGGCCUGCCGCCCAAGAUGGAGCCGCUGUGCCCCUACGACAAAUACGACGAGUUUAUCAAAGCUCCAACCAUCGAAGAUAAGGAUGUGCGUCUUGCCAGACUGCAGGACUUGGUCUGGUCGCUCCCCUCGGUCAACCGCGUGACGCUCAAGUUCCUGUGUGAGCAUCUUUUCAAGGUCGCUGAGAACCGCGAGGUCAACAAGAUGAGCAUCCAGAACCUCAGCAUCAUCUUUGCGCCCAACAUCCUGCGCUCGGCCGACAACUCGCUUGCGCGAGAAAUGCUGGACAUGAAUGCAAAGUGUGCCGUGAUGAUGACCCUGAUCGAGUACGUCAAGUGGAUCUUU